AUGGGAGAAUGGGCCGACACCAAAAAAUGUUUCAAGUGCGGUCAGGCAGAACAUCUGAGAAAGGAUUACCCACAGUGGAAGAUGGGAAAGAAUAGUAACAUCAAUCUAGUGCCAGCACGAGUUUUUGACUUAACCCAGAAUGAAGCCGCCAAUAGUAACACCGUAGUCACAGCUCAGCUCCCUAUAUUUGGUAUGAUAUGUAGAGUCCUUAUUGAUUCUGAAGUGACUCACUCUUAUAUUUCCAUGAAUAUGAUUGAUAAGUUGGGUAUGCCUUAUAAACUGUUUGACCAUAGUUUCAGUACAAUGUUACCGUCGGGAGACAUGAUGUUGUCAACUAGGUGGUUACAGUCAACACCUCUAAUUAUAGAGGGUAGGGUGUGCCUGACAGACCUUAUAGAAAUAAAUAUACCAGACUAUGAUUUCAUACUUGGCGUGGAUUGGUUAUCCAAACAUGGAGCAUCGAUCGACUGUCAGAAGAAAACUGAGGAGUUCAAACCAGAAGAAGGGGAAGUAUUUUCUUUUAAAGGAGAAUUAGCUGGUUUUCGUACACCCAUAAUAUAUGCACUGGAAGCACGGAAUAUGAUGCAACAUGGCUGUUCAACAUUUUUGGCUAGUGUGGUGGAUAAAUCCGAGUAA